GCGCCAGUGGGGAACAGCAGUGCCACAGACCCCGCUGGUUUGUAUCGGUUGUGAGAGUGUUGGUGAAUUGUUGGAACUGGUGUUUGAGAGGAGCGAAUCAUCGAACCUCAGCGUGGGUGAGGUGAUGGGUGUUUAGUGGCCACGUGGAUAGAUGUCGUUAGAAAAGUCGGUAAAAAGAGAGCAAGACGGUGAAAUAAAAAGCGAGUUGUUCUGGAAACUACUUGAACUAUUAGACAUUAUUUCGGACUGUUUCUGCUCGUGGUGACGAUGCAGUCAAGACAGUCCAGUGUGCUAUGAAACGGUUCCUAUUGUCUGGAUGAUCGUGUACCGGUGAAUAAACAGACUUGUGAGGCGACCAACAAACGGUGAUCGCAACAACUUUGUGAAAAACUGUCAACUGUGCCAGCACGAAAAGAAGCCGUGGAGCUUCCGCGGUAAAAGUGAGCUCCGCGAGUCUUUCUUCCCUCCACCUCACGCUCAUAAUCCUCCUAUCCCUCACAAAGACAAUCUUUCAGUGAUCUCCCCACCCUCACCAUGGCACUCGAGCGAGGACGCCCUUCUGUGAGGACCACGCGGGGCUCAUACCGCGGCUCUGCGCGGUCCUCAAGUCACUACAACUCGUCCUCCUCCUCAUCAGUGGACCCCGAGGAGCGCUGCAAACGCUGCUGCAGGACCGUCACCUCGUUCAUGUUCACACAGGUCGGUGUCGGCGCCCUGGUAAUCGGUUACGCCAUCCUCGGCGCCGUUGCCUUCAUGUCCAUCGAGAAGGACGCUCUGGAGAGCCUGGACAGCAACGUGACGUCACGGAGACAAGUGGUGGCGCGGCAGCUGUGGAACGUCACGCGCAACAUUCAGUUCAACAGGACACGCUGGGACAAUGAGAUGCUGAUCAUUCUUAAACAGUAUCAGGACGGCGUGGUGGAGGCCAUCAAAGUCGGCUACGACGCCCAGGACUCUGAGGAGCGGUGGACGUUCCCCGCUGCCCUCAUGUUCUGUCUCUCGGUCUUCACCAUGAUCGGGUUCGGAAACAUCGUACCCAGGAGCGAGUGGGGGAAGAUCGCCACCAUGUGCUACGCCCUGGUCGGGAUCCCGCUGUACAUUCUCUACUUUCUCAAUAUGGGAGAGGUGAGUGGAGCAUUGAGCGGGGAGGACAGAGGGAGAAGACGCGGG